UCAUUUUUACGAAGAAAUUCUUCAUUAUCUUUCAAAAGGGACUUACCACAGCCUAACUACAUCAUGUUCAAGUCCUGAUACCAGAAAGGCAACCAUUCGUAAGACAUCAAAACAUUAUACUGUUAAAAAUGGGCAGUUGUAUUACAACUACCAGGGCAAGCUCAAAAUUUGCAGUGACCUCGCUCAUCACAUUGCUCCAGGCCAUUGGACAACUAAGUUUGGAAAAGACAUCGAGAGUUUCCCUCACCAGACCACCGGAAACUGUUGUGGCAUCUUUAUAUUAAUGUAUGCCCUCAGCAUCAGCACAGGUGCUCCAUUCUUGUUUACUGAGAGGGACAUGGUACACAUUCGGAAGUGGUGGUGCAUUAGUCUGAUGGAACGAUUCCAGAUUGAAGGCCAUGGGCAGAGGUUUGCACAUUGGACUAGCGAGGCUACAGCAUUACUGAAAGGGUCACUGGAGCCAAUGUACAGGAUCCCAAAGUCCAGAAAGAGGAAACAUGAGGUUGUGUUUCCCAAAGAUGACAGAUGUUUCAUAUUGGAGUUGUCAGCAUGUCUGCUCUCUGAGAUCCUCGGGGAAGUGGUACUCCUGGAAGGAGAUCAGGCUUACAUGACACUGGGGCUCGUCUGCACCACCUUCAGAGACAUCAUGUCCACUGUAGGUUUCAGGAGAAGGGUGCAUUUUCAGUGGCUUGACAGUGUUGCUAAUUGGGGCAGGUUUUCGUUGUCAUACAAGGAGGAGUUCUACACCAUGUACAGCAUUGAGACAUGCUGCGAAUGCAGAACUCUGUACAAAAAAAACACACCUGGAUAUGUUGGGAAAGGAAAAAGGGGAGUGCUGCAAGCUAUUUACUCUGAAGACCCUAACCCUGGAUACUGCAGUCACUUUUGCAGCCAAAUGCAAUAGGAUGUCAUCCAUGGAUCUGCCUGUCCAGAGGAGAAAACACCACGACACUGUGGGAUUUUUUACCAGCUCUUUUGUUUAAAUGUUUGUGUUUACAUGAGAAUAAAGUUUGAACUGAAAAAAA